AUUUAUUUAGGAAAAUUACUGAUUAAAUUAGACACAAAAAAUAGAGUAAACUCUAAUAAUGACAGCACCGGGACAGAUACCAUUGUUUGGUAAUCCCAACAAAUUUAUCGAUACAGUGGCUAAACCUGAACUGUUGCAACUAUCUGUCGGCCGUAAGCUCAGUGUCGGACCGUUAAAUCAAAAUAUAAAGUGGAUAUUAUAUGCGCGGGCAUUGAAAGUGUUUCGGAUGUCGUUUGCCGGCUACGACCAAAUAUCGCUCGAUUAUUACAAUCAAAAAUAUGCCGAAUAUCGCUACUCUAUGGGCCAGUUGUACAACAUCGACAUCAAUGACCCGUCACUGGCCGAUAUUGACGCCACUAUUACCAACCAUCUGGAAACGGAACAGUAUAUAACAAAUAUAUCGGUGCUUAGACUGCGUACACCGGCGCUCAUACCAAAUAUAUGGGUACAAAUAGCGGAGAACUACAGUCCAACUCAACGACAAACGACUGAACAUAAGUUGAAUUCAAACAGCGAUGAACAGACUAUCAACGUAACCCGAUAUCAUAGCUACCGAAGCUAUGUUGACCGCCGACUUGACAAUACAAGUGGCAUACGGCUAACAGUGCAGACACAGACCAUUCACUACGGAACGUUUUACAUAGGAUUUCGGCAAAUAUCGGCCUACGGUUUCCGAGAUUGGAUACAAUUUAGUCACGGAGUAGAACUGUUUGUAGAGAUUGAGGUCAGUGGCUAUAUUGAAGAACAGGGAUCUACCGAUGAGUUUAUUUACUACUUUCAUAUGCAAACACUGUAUGAAAUGUUGAACGAACGGCUCAACCAUUGGCGCAAUAAUAUACAGUUAUUGGGUCUUAAGUGUGAACCCGAACACCGAAACGAUAGUCAAAAAUAUCAGACAGUUAUUGUGAAGCCAUUGAUCGAUCCCAACACAACUGCGGCCUAUUGGGUGGACAGUCAAGCACAUACUAAUGUAGAACUAUGGGAUCUACAAACCGCUUACAUCAGACACAAUAAAACCAUCGACAGUGUCUGUCUGUGCGAUCGGUGGUGCAAUUGGACAGCAUUUUUUCACUACAGUCCCAUUUAUCGGUUUCUGUUAUUGUGUCACAAACAGAUUUAUCUCAGCAACUGGACCCACAUUACCAAUAUGUAUGUUAUGGUGUCGGCAUUUUGUACAACACUGAGAGGUCAACGAUUGCUACCGACAGACCAGUUGCCGCCGACACCGAUCUACCGAUUGUUGAACGAUGCCAUCGACUACAAGGAACAAUAUGUUUUGUUAAUAACAAGCACUCAGUUGAGUAUAAAUCAGUACAGAACGGCAAUACCGAUACCCAGAGAAAUGGUAGGAUUGGCCUACAAUAUACUGCGCUUCGAGACCGAUUGGGUGGCACAGGUUCAGCAACUAUACGACAAUCACUUUACUCACGAAUGUGUGGACAUGUUUUGUCAGUUGGGUCUAGCGUUUGGCAAAAUACAUGAAUAUGUGGCACAAAUUAGCAUAUUUGUUGAUAAACGGACACAAUAUGAACCGUUUUGCGAACAGUUGAAUGAAAUUAUACGAAAUCAUUGUCUUAAAUACCUGACUCUAGCCGGCGAUCGUAUCAUUCAGCGAAAGAUAACCGGCACCGACUGGCUAUUUAGUGAAGACCUUAAAUACAACAAACGUUUACCUAAAACACCUAAAGAAGAGUUUGUAUGGAAUUGUCGGUCAAUGGUUUUAAGACACGACGGACCGGACAGUAAUCCGCUGAUGGUUUCCACUCUAGUGUCGCCACUGUUAAACGUAUUUUGCGCUGUUUAUCUGUUUAACGGUUGGACAGAGACUGUGCUGACCUCAGGACCCGAGACUGAGAUCGAGGCUAUACUAAGCGUACAACAGUCCAAAUAUUUGGAUAAAUUACUUAUUAAUAAUUUAAUUAAUGUCAAACCACCUCAAUUGCUAACCUAUCAGUUAUCUGGACAACAGUUGAUAGCUAAAGGUGUCCAACACAUGAAGCGCCAGCUAAUGGUUGUCUAUAUGUUGCGCAUAUAUCACAUGGCCUACGAGUGGCAGAGGGAGGCAAUUGUGUUAUUAGAGAAUAAAAACGAUUUUAACAUUAGUAACGAUAGAGAGGAGCCGUGUGAGGCCUACAGUAAAAUAUUUGAUAUUAAUUAUCUUGAAUUUUAUUGCCGUAUCGCCAAUCAUACACCACUGUUUGAAAUCAAUAGCAACCAAUUGGACACCAAUUUCAACGAGUUUUACAAUACCUAUUGGCCAAAAGCGGUUCACGAAACCAAUCAGAAACUCAAUAAUACCCAAAUUCAACAGUCAGUGAUCAGUGAAUAUAAUAAACUCUAUCACUGGUUGAUCUACAGGGGUGAUAGUAGAUUAAAAUUUAGACGUAUAGUCAACUGGAUUGACCUCUCUAUUGAAAAUGUCCGUCAAAAUAGCCACCAAAUACUGAAUAAUCAUAUUAUGUCAACUAUUAAUGAUAUGCAAAACACAUACGAAUACAGUGUCGACAUUCUAGACUAUGUGGUCUACUAUUUAGUAAAAGCUCAGUGUUUUGUCAUUGUCUGUAUUGUCAACCAGUUUCUCAGUAAACUGAUUUCACUACAAACGCCGGCAAUUUUCAAGACUAACAGACAGUUUUCAUUGUGCAAACCCGGUUGGGUACCAAUGUUUCGUACGGUCGACACAGUGCGGACAGCAUUGGACAGUAUACUCGCCGACAAUAUUAUCUACGAUGACGAGUGUCAGCGUAUUGCCGGAACAGUCGAUGAGACCAAAGAGCUAAUCAGACUCCAGUUUGAACAGUAUUACAGAAAACUAGUAAAUCAAUGGACACGUGAACUGAAAUUAUUGCGCAAUAAAAUUGUUCAGACAGUCAACACAAAUCCAUUAAUUAGACUGCAUUUGGCCGUCGGACUCGGUUUUAUGGCCGCUUUUGUCAAUACAUUUAGGUCGACAGUCAACGAUUUUCGCAAACUUUUGCUAGAAAUUUUAGACGGACCUAUCAGUGCCAAUAGGCCAGUACAGGCUGUACUACAAAAUUUGCGUCCAACAUGUCUGAAGUAUCUGGAAAACGUGGACACUGUACUCGAGGCCUUACCACUCAUACGUCAACCAUGGGAUCAGGAGUUAGAGUCUAUUUUGAACGACUUCGCCACCAAUACUACUAAACAAUCGUUGGGUAUUGAUUUAGAAGAAUCCAAUACUUAGAUAUCAUCAAUAUAUUAGUAUUUUACAGUAUAUAUGUUUGUC